UCAGAUUUUGGAUGACAGUGCUCUUUUAAUACUAAAAAUGGCGGGCGCAAUGUUGUUUGAAAGAAGCCAAUCUGUUCGUUCUCAGCAUGAAAAUUUGAUGAAAUUAAAACGUGGUGAUGAUAAUGAAGACAGUGAUGAAAAAAGUAUCCAAAAUAAAGAACAGGAUAUCCUAAACCUCGGCGAGAAGUAUAAGAAAGAAGGUAAGGCCAAAGAGCUUGCAGACCUGAUCAAACAAACACGUCCUUUCUUAAGUGAAAUUAGUAAAGCAAAAGCAGCAAAAUUAGUUAGAUCUCUAGUAGAUUUCUUCUUGGAUCUCGAGGCGGGCAUUGGUAUAGAAGUACAACUUUGUAAAGAAUGUAUAGAAUGGGCGAAAGAGGAAAAACGAACAUUUUUACGUCAGUCAUUGGAGGCGAGAUUAGUAGCCCUAUAUUUCGAUACUGGAAUGUUCUCGGAAGCUCUUCAAUUAGGAUCAACGUUAUUGAAGGAAUUGAAAAAACUAGAUGACAAAAAUUUAUUGGUAGAGGUGCAACUGUUAGAAAGUAAAACGUACCAUGCUUUAAGUAAUUUACCAAAAGCUAGAGCAGCUCUUACCUCAGCCCGUACAACUGCAAACGCUAUAUAUUGUCCACCUAAAAUACAAGCUUCUUUGGAUCUUCAGUCAGGUGUUUUACAUGCCGCAGAUGAAAAAGACUUUAAAACAGCUUAUUCAUAUUUUUACGAGGCUUUUGAAGGUUUUGACAGUGUCGAAUCUCCUAAAGCAUUAACAGCCUUAAAAUAUAUGUUGUUGUCAAAGAUCAUGCUUAAUACCCCUGAAGAUGUCCAACAAAUUGUAAGCGGAAAGUUGGCAAUUAAAUACGCCGGUCGGGAUAUUGAUGCAAUGAAGGCUGUAGCUCAAGCAUCUCAUAAAAGAUCAUUAGCGGACUUUCAACAAGCAGUUAAAUUAUUUAAAAGAGAACUAGAAGAUGAUGUUAUAGUUAGGGCACAUUUGGGUACUCUAUACGAUAAUAUGUUAGAGCAAAACUUGUGUAGAAUUAUUGAACCCUACAGUAGAGUACAAGUUGAUUAUAUCGCAAAAACUAUAAAGCUACCUAUGCCACAAGUUGAAAAGAAAUUGUCUCAAAUGAUCUUGGAUGCAAAGUUUCAUGGUAUAUUAGAUCAAGGAGAAGGUGUUCUAAUUAUUUUUGAAGAAACUCCAGUAGAUAAAACUUACGAAAUGGCAUUAGAGACAAUUCAAAGUAUGAGCAAAGUAGUAGAUACACUUUAUCAAAAAGCUAAAAAGCUGUCAUAGGUUUAACAGAAUUGUAUUACAUCUAAAAAAUGUUAAUGAAAACAGACUGUAUUUUUCCUAUUUUAAUAUAUACUUUACCUGAG